AUAUUCAAUGAAUUGGCUUUAUGUGAUCAAUAGUACUUCUUAUUGCAGAUGGAUGGAGGGGAAAGAGCGAAAAAACCGAUACUUAGUGAGAUGACUUCUCAUUCUGUGACUUCUGAUAUCCCAGAUAACAAGAUGGACGUAGGGGAAGGAACGAAAAAGCGGAUGCUAUGUGAAAUGACUUCUAAAUCUGUGUGUUCUGAUAUCCCAGAUGACAAGGUAAACAUAUGGACCGACGCUUGUUUUGCCGCUGCCCCUGUUAGAUGGCUAGAUGCUCUGGUCUAAUUUCUGUUCAUGUGCUUAUUAUUGCAGAAACAUAGAGUUGAAGAAAACUCUAUAUUGUCUGAUGACAAAGGUGAAAUGGCAUGCCAGUCUUUUAAACCUCCGACGCCACCUUGUUUACUGUCUAUGGAGACUGAUGCAGCUGGACCUGGUACUGAUGAGCCUAUACCUGGCAUCAUCGUGCCACAUGAAGAAGGUUGUGGAUUGGGUUUACCCCCUGCUGUAGAAACUGGUGGUGCAGCUGGAGCUGCUAGUGUAGAGCCUCUAGUGAACGGUGUCGCGCCACGGGAAUUCUCUGAACUGGAGCAAAACGGUUUACCUAUUGUCAAGACCGAUUUAACUGGUGCUGAUGCUGGAGUUGCUACUGAUGAUCCUGCACCCGAAGGAGGUUUUGUAUUGGUAGAACCCGUCAUGACUAUGCCCACAGUACUGACUGGUGGUGGACCUGGAGCUGGUAGGGUAGAGCCUCUAGCGAAAGGUGUCGUGCCACGAGAAUCCUCUGAAGUGGAUAUUGGUGGUUUACCCUCUGUAGAGACUAGUGGUCUACCUGGAGCUGGUAUUGUAGAGAUUUCAGCAAACGGUGCUGUCCCACCCGACUCCUAUGAACUGGAGCAUGUACCUGAUGUGCCUUCUGUAGAACCUGACGCACCUGUAAGUAGUGGUGAUGAUUCCGCUGAAUCUGAUCAAGAAGGAUCUGCAUCUCUAGGACAAGAUGUCAGCUGUCAUUCACCUGAACCUGAGCUGAAGUCAGCAACGGUAGCUUAUAUAGCACGGACUGUCCUUCAAGCUCUAAAGAUCCAGUUGGGUGGUUCACAGGACCAGCUACUCCAAGCCAUUGUCACUACAAAAGACCAGCCAGCAUGCUUCGUCAUCUCCUGCAUACUGUUUGACAAGCUGAAGCACUGCAACUGGCGCAUUGUUCAAUCCCAUCAGCAUGGAGAGAGGAGCUAUGUUUAUGUCAAGAUGAUUCAUGCUGAUUUGGUAAGGUUCCAUGAUAAGAUGUAUGGGUGGGGUGAGGCAAGAGCCACAUUUUGCAGCAUUCACACAGUCUUCGCUCUUGAGCCAGACCCCAUGGAUGCUUACCCAGUGGUGCAGCUGUCCUGACUUGAUAUAUGUUUUAUGAUCAGUAUGCUGCUGUC